AUGGAUCGAACGACACUGCUCUGCUCAAACUGGCCAACCAACUCCAUAACCAACAAGAUCCAGCUGGGCGGCCGUGGCAGCAUUCCACCCAACAACUAUGUCUGCUACGUCACAGGCUGGGGAAGGCUGCAGGGCCUGAGGCUGGGCCUGGCUGUGGCCAGGGACUCCGGCCCCUUUCCCUACUCCCUGACCCCACACACUUUUCUCCCUGCACAGUUCCUCCUGAUCUUCCGCAAGGCAGCGGCUGGGGAGCUGCAGGAGGACAGCGGGCUGCACGUGCUGGCCCGCCUCUCCGAGAUUCACGUCUCCACUGAGGGCGUCACGGGGGCCAAGAGCUUCUUUGAGGCCAAGGUCCAGGCCAUCAGUGAGUCCAGCCGCUUUGAGGAGGAGAUCAAGGCGGAGCAGGAGGAGAGGAAGAAGCAGGCGGAGGAGAUGAAGCAGCGGAAAGCAGCCUUCAAGGAGCUGCAGGCCACCUUCAAGUAGCGAGGGGCUGGGCCUGACCGCACGGCCCUGGCUCCAGUGCCCCAUCCAGCAGGCGAGGGCGGGCACACGGGAGGCCGAGCGUGAACCCUCGGCUCUGUCUGAAGGGACAAUCCUGAAAACCUAAAACACCUGUGCACGGAGCCAGUUGAGGGCCUCACAGAAGUGGUCCAGCCUCUCCCCGCUCCUCUCUGCUGUUCCUGAGGCCACGACACCAGCUCUGGCUCCCUGCCCGGCCCGGCCCAGCCCUCCCUGGCAAUUCCUGAGUCUCUCUCACACCCCUGGCUGCCCCGCUGCCUGCUCCAGUGCUGCUUGAUGCUCCGAGCCCUGCUCCUGGCUCUGCGGCGCUCC